UGUGAUUAUGGAGGGCUCCUAGGAGGUCACAAGUUUGACAGGCGAAUUCAUACUCUUGCUCCGUUGUUGUCAUCUCUACAAUUUGCUUAACGCUAAUAAUUAAUAACAAGCUGGUUGUAGUCCUUUCCAAGCAGCACCAAAAAUGGUGAAGUCCCAUUUUCUCUUUGAUGCUGUAAAUUCUUCCCUAAAAUCCUUUGGGUUUCGAUUUGAUGUCUUUGAAUGAUUUAUUUGGAGCUUAGAUGGGUUGCCAAUAAUGUUUUCUCAUUCGACAUCAUCUAAUGUUAAACCGAUAAAAAAUGAGUCUUAUAGGGUUAUUAGCCGAUACUUCACAAUACAUUUGGUGAACAUGGACACUCUGUAGAUUCUGAGUGGGGUCUCUGCCCAUAGGAGUAGCAUGAGAGUGUUGGGGAAACGCCCAAAACCAUUAAAUCUACCAAGUCAGAGGCUGGAAAAUCGUGGACUAGACCCAAAUGUGGAGAUUCUUCCAAAGUUAUGCUAUGGAUGGAAGGAGGAAUUAUCUUUGCGCAGGUUCACAUUCCUCUUGGCACAAGGUCCCUGAUCCUUAUGAGAUUUAUUAUGAUCAGACUGCUUCUCAUUGUGACGAAAGGUUUAGAGGAGGCACAAAUCAUGGACAACUGGUUCUGAUGCUGGUGACAAACUUUCUGUUCAUUUUUAGGGCUAGACCAACUGGUGAUAAACUAUCUAUGGAGAUUCGCGACAUUUAUCAUUCACGUUACAGAAAUAUAUUGAUAAAUUCAAACAAGGGGAUAAAGCUGGGGUGUUGGAUCCGCCGUUUGAUGGUGUUGUUGUAGGCAUUGAGCGAAUUCACUCCCUAUCUAUUGUACAUGAAGUCAACUUGAAGGGAAUAGGAGAUGCAAAUGUAAAUAUUUUAAAGGUCACAAGUAACACACCCCUUGCUUAUGAAGACAAGAUACAUGGAGUUGUUCAUCUGAAAGAGAAAGAGAGAACUUUCACACAUUGGCCACUAAAAUAUUUGCAAAAAUGGACAUAGUUGAUCAUGUUUAUCAUGUACAUGUUGUUAGACAUCUUCGCUCAUUCCUUUAUGUAGUAUUUUGAAUGUGUUGUUUAGGGAUCUUAAUUAUCAUGGUGUAUUUGAAAGAAUUGGAAACUCUUAGACAACUUUGACAUCUUAUAACUUACAA